AUGGCCUGGAAGGAGAAUGGUUCGGCUGUUGCGUUAUGCCUAUGGGCACUGGUAUUUGGUUUAGCUAUAGGGAGUGCAGUAGAUGAGGGUGGUGAGGGCAGGGCCCUUUGUGAUGGGUCUUACAACUACACCGAUGCCCUAGCGAAGGCCAUUCUGUUCUUCGAAGGGCAGCGCUCUGGAAAGCUGCCUGCCGACCAGCGAGUUGAAUGGAGGGCCCACUCAGCUCUCACAGAUGGCCAGAUAGACAAUGUGGAUCUCACCGGCGGCUACUAUGAUGCUGGAGACAACAUCAAGUUUGGCUGGCCCAUGUCAUUUAGCGUCGCCCUGUUGAGCUGGGCCGCCACCGAGUACGAGGCACAGAUUUCUGCAGUUGGCCAGCUUGACCACCUGCACUCGGCCAUCAGAUGGGGAGCCGACUUCAUACUGAAAGCUCACACUUCGCCAACCACACUCUAUACUCAGGUAGGUGAUGGAUCGGACCACUCCUGCUGGGAGCGUCCAGAAGACAUGGAUACGCCUCGUAAUCUGUUCAAGAUCACUGAAAGUUCACCAGGCACAGAGGUGGCUGCAGAUGCUGCAGCAGCCCUCGCCUCUGCUUACAUGGUAUUGAAAAGUGUCGACCCCGACUAUGCAGCAAAACUUUUGGAGGAAGCAAAAGCACUUUUCGAAUUUGCCGAUAAGUAUAGAGGGUCAUACCAAGCCUCUUGUCCGUUCUAUUGCUCCUUCUCCAGCUACCAGGAUGAGCUUCUAUGGGGUGCUACUUGGCUCUACAAAGCAACUAAAGACGUCCAAUUUCUGACAUUUGUAUCAAAUAAUCAGAACUGGAGUGGUGUUGUUCCUGAAUUCAGCUGGGACAACAAAUUCGUUGGAGCACAAGCAUUGCUAACAAAAGAAUAUUUGGCAGGGAAGAAAGAUUUAGCUAUAUACAAGACCCAUGCUGAUGGAUUUGUAUGUUCGUUGAUGCCAGGAAGUGGCACUGUGAAAAUCCAAACCACACCCGGAGGGCUUCUGUUCACACGGGACACUGUUAACUUGCAAUACGUGACGAGUGCUGUUAUGGUGCUGUUUUACUACUCAAAUACCCUAGAUUCAGCUGGGAUUAGCGAAGUCCAGUGCAGCUCAGCUAAUUUUUCCACUGCUCAAAUCAGAGCAUUUGCUAAAUCACAGGUGGAUUACAUACUAGGCAAGAAUCCACUUGGCUACUCAUACAUGGUGGGGUUCGGCACCAAGUACCCGAGGCGUAUACACCACCGAGGUGCAUCCAUACCGUCCGUCCAAGUUCAUCCAGCAAAGGUGGCCUGCGGCGAAGGCUUCGCAGAUUAUUUUAACACCGAUAACCCUAAUGCCAACAUUCACGUCGGAGCAAUCGUCGGUGGUCCUAAUUCCGGCGAUGAGUUUGGUGAUGUUAGAUCAGAAUCUAUACACUCAGAGCCCACCACCUACAUGAAUGCAGCCUUUGUGGGUGCCUCAGCACCUCUGCUCGAUGAAAAAUGUGGCUUGCAGCUACCACUGGAUGAUGGAGGCUUUAUGGCAUCAGCUUCCUAGUUCAGCAGAUGAUUAUGAUAGUUCAUGGUGCGAUGUCAUAUUAGUAAAAAUAUCAUUUAUGGAGAUCGUAAUAAACCUUCGUGGCUUUGUUAUAGCUCAGAAAAAUAAACACUUUCUGGCAUUCUUAAAACUCAGGCCUAGUUGUCUGGUUCCAAUUCUGUGCUAUUUGUUUCAUCAGGGUGGAUGCUGAAUGUUUAGAUAAAUGAUGCUAAUGUAAUGGGAUUCGAUGAGAUUUGCAUGAACCCAAAAAUGUUUUCUUGGAAUCAAAUUUUCAGUUCUUCCAGCAAGGGGAUAUGGGCGGACAAAAUAAACAAAUUAUAGACACUGUUUAAGCAUUAGUUUUAGAAUAGUAAAGGAGAAUCUUUAUCAAAUAAAAUAAGGGGCCUGUGUUAAACUUUUUUUUUUUAAUAUCACUACAAGAAGUUCUACACAAUAUCCAUGUUUCCUAUCUUAAGCAGUGAGUACUGUGGGAAAUUGUGUGCAUCUUUCAGUGCUUAGUUCACCUUCCCUCCUUCCUCCCCUUCACUUCUUUCCCUUUUUGUUGAGGGGCGGGUUUAACUCUUUUGAGAGUCAAUCAGCUAACUGAUUGAAACUACUUCAAUGUAGAUUGGAAACCAAAGUAGCUCACUGAUUCCUUUUUCUUUGAAGAAAUCAAUAAUAAAAGUUGGACUGUGAAGUUCAUUGGAAAAUGAGAAAGCCGAGAACAAAUAUUUUAGAAAAUAUUCAGAGGCAAAAACAGGAGAAUUUUAUGUGCUGUGCAAAUAUCCACUACAUAAGGAAGCAACAUGGAAUUUGCAAUAUCUAAAAUAUCUUACCAUUAGAGGGACAGUGGCACAUUUAUAGUGUACAUUAGAAGUUGGCAUGUUGAGCAUUAGCAAUCCCAAUGAUAUGAUUGCUCUGGACCUUGUUCUCAAAUGGAGGACUAAUGGAAGCAGCUUAAAAGAACAAGAA